CAAUGCUGUUAAAUGUUAUUUAUUUUGCACUUCAGCUACAGUGGACUGCUAUCUCUAGCAGCCCACUGUAGCAAGAUUGUAAAAAAAAAAGUAUUUGUUUAAUAAAACCCCGCUUUCCUUUUUCGCGCCCAUCUCCUCUGGUUUUCCCUCAUUCUUUUCGCGCCUAUCUCCUCUGUAUUUCCCUCAUUUUUUUUUUCUAGUUCUCUCUUUCUCCCACGCCUACGCCUCUGCCUCCUCUCUUCUUCUUUUUUUUUUUUUUUCCUUCGUUCUCCCUCAACCCUAGCCGCUCUUCCCUUCCCUCAACCCACGCCGCCAAUUCAUCUCCGCUUCACUACUCCCUCUGACCGAACCAUCAUCACAAACACAGCCUCUGCUCUUCUUCCUCUGAGUGAACCCAUACCGAACCCACUCUUCUCUCCCUGACCAAACCCAAAAGCCCAGUCUUGAAAAUCAUAUUCUCAUCUCAAAACCGAAGAUUCAUGGGAGGGGAUUAGGCUUCCAUUUGGGUCAGACUGAAGCUCCAUGUGUCAGGCUUCCAUUUAGGUUUUGUUUUGGGUUAGGGAUUUUGUGGAUCUUGUAUUGCUGCUCAGUUCUUCCCGAUUUGAUCUUAGAGCUAAAAGCUUUACCCAAAUUUCGCACUCCAAAACCAUCGUUGACCAGCGCACGGCUCAUCUCUAAUUCUCUCUUGUCAGUAUAACCAAAAACACUAGAGCGAUACCAGCAAUCUUGCUUCACUCCUCAGGAUAACAGCAUUGAACGUGAAGCACAGGUAGUAUUCAUGGGUAGCUCUUUGUUUCGCAAAUUGCUUCUUGAUGACUCCGAUGAGGAUGAAAUAAUUGAAGAAGUAGUCAUGGAUUCAACGUCACGAAAACGUCGUUCCUAUAUUAGACGUAACCAUUUGGCAGGCCAUGAAAGGCUUUACCUUGACUACUUUGCAGACUCGCCAGUUUAUUCAGAGAAAGUAUUUCGAAGGAGAUUUCGGAUGAGCCGUACUCUUUUUCUCAAUAUUAUUUCUAAGGUAGAAGCUCAUGAUCCGUACUUUGUCCAAAAAAGAAAUGGUGGCAAAAAGCUUGGGUUAUCUUCCUUUCAAAAGAUCACUGCUGCACUCAGGAUGCUUGCAUAUGGAGUAACGGGUGAUUUUAUGGAUGAGUAUGUGCGGAUUGGAGAAACCACUGCCUUACAGAGUUUGGAAAAAUUUGUUACUGCUGUGGGUGAUAUUUUCUCUGAGGAAUAUUUGAGGAAGCCAAAUAAUGAAGAUAUUGCUAGAUUGUUAGCCCAUGGCAAAAGGCGUGGAUUUCCAGGUAUGUUAGGUUCAAUUGAUUGCAUGCAUUGGAAAUGGAAAAAUUGUCCAUGUGCAUGGAAAGGUCAAUAUUGUGGUCAUAUUCGUGAGCCAACUAUUAUUUUGGAAGCAGUGGCAUCAUAUGAUCUUUGGAUAUGGCAUGCAUUUUUUGGAUUACCUGGAUCAAAUAAUGAUAUUAAUGUGUUAGAACGGUCACCUGUAUUUUCUGAGCUAGCACAAGGACGUGCUCCUCCAGUUAAUUACUCAAUCAAUGGUAAUAACUACAACAUGGGAUAUUACCUUGCUGAUGGAAUAUAUCCAAAGUGGGCAACAUUUGUGAAGACAAUUCCAGCUCCACAAGAAGAAAAAAAAAAAUUAUUUGCAAAAGCCCAAGAGGCGUAUAGGAAGGAUGUUGAGCGUGCAUUUGGAGUACUACAGGCACGAUUCGCAAUUGUUCGUGGACCUGCACGAUUUUUCUAUCCUGAAAUGCUCCAAAAAAUCAUGAAAGCGUGCAUAAUUCUCCAUAACAUGAUUGUUGAAGAUGAACGAGAUGAAAAUGAAGUGGUAGACUUCGAUUAUGAACAAAUUGAUGAAGUGAAUAAUCCUCCUAUACAAGUGUCACGUGAGCAUGCAAAUGGAUUUAUGGCAUUCAUCCAAAGUCAUCAACGCAUUAGAGACCAAGAAAUCCAUUAUCAACUCCAAUCGGACCUUAUCAAUCAUUUAUGGCAAUUACAUGGCGAGUCGUAGGAACUUCAAGUCUGCUGGAUUUCUGCACUGGAUAGCUGCUGCCUGCAGAGUGUGGGCUGCUGUUUUCUUAUUCUGCACUGGUUUAAUUUAACUGCUGUUUUUUCCUCUGCACUGGUUUUUCUGCACUGGGUAGCUGCUGGAUUUCUGUAUUGGAUAGCUACUGCCAGCAGUGGAGCAUCAACAGCUAAUGCAGCAACUUAAGAAGCUAUGGUGGAAGAUGCUGUCAAAGCUAAAUGGUUUGGUUGCUGCAGAAUUUUGUUUAUGUGUAAUAGUAAAAGAGUAGCUCAAGUCUGUAAUUUUAGUUGCACGCCAAGUUGACAGGAAAAAAUUAUGGUUGCUGACAUCUCAAACUUGAUGCAAAAUUUCAACAAUAUAAAUGAAAAUGGAUAUGUUCCAUUUAAUAA